GACCGCGAGACGCUGUGAUAUCGCGAGAACAACGACGUGAUAUUUUUGACUGGACAGAGAAAGAGACAGUCCUGCUGGAUUUCUACGUCCAGGGCCACCACAAGAGCAGAAUGGAGGAGAACCAGAACCCAGAGCACCUUACCAACAACCCUGUUAAAAGGGAAGAAUCAGGCUCACCCUGUGCUACCACCGAUAAACAGAAACAAACAGGAAGACAGAGACUCAAACAUCACUGCUGUCAGCACUGUGACAAAGCCUUCACGACAUCGAAAUAUUUAAAGAUUCAUCAGAAAGUUCAUACAGGACAGAAACGUCCAAGCUGUGACCAGUGUGGGAAAGCUUUCAAUACAGUCAGUCAUCUAAAAGUCCACCAACGUAUUCACACUGGAGAGAAGCCGUACUGGUGUGAGAAAUGUGGGAAAACUUUCUCUCACGAUAAUAGUCUAAAAAUCCACCAACGCAUUCACACUGGAGAGAAGCCGUACAGCUGUGAGCAAUGUGGGAGAACUUUCACUACAGGCAGUGAUCUAAAACAGCACCAACGCAUUCACACUGGAGAGAAACCGUACAGCUGUGAGCAAUGUGGGAGAACUUUCACUACAGGCAGUGAUCUAAAACGGCACCAACGCAUUCACACUGGAGAGAAACUGUACCACUGUGACGAAUGUGGGAAAACUUUCACUAUAGACAGUAAUCUAAAACGGCACCAACGCAUUCACACUGGAGAGAAGCCGUACUGGUGUGACCAAUGUGGAAAAUUCUUCACUACAGGCAGUGAUCUAAAAAUCCACCAACGCAUUCACACUGGAGAGAAACCAUACAACUGUGACCAAUGUGGGAAAACUUUCACUACAGACAGAUGGCUAAAAAGCCACCAACGCAUUCACACUGGACAGAAGCCAUACGAGUGUGAGCAAUGUGGGAAAACUUUCACUCACGCUAAUAAUCUAAUAAUCCACCAACGCAUUCACACUGGAGAGAAGCCGUACUGGUGUGGGCAAUGUGGGAAAACUUUCACUCGUGGUAGUUCCUUAAAAAGACACAGAUGCAGUCACUCAGCAUCGUGUUGGGCGGGGCUUAGCGAAGGCUCAGUUCAUCUCAAACGAAGUUCAAAUGACCGCGAGACGCCACAAGACCACAAGAGCAGAAUGGAGGUGAACCAGAACCCGGAGCACCUAACCGACAACCCCGUUAAAAGGGAAGAAUCAGGCUCACCGUGUACUACCAACGAUAAACAGAAACAAACAGGAAGAAAAGGACUCAAACAUCACUGCUGUCAGCACUGUGACAAAGCCUUCACGACAUCAAGACAUUUAAAGAUUCAUCAGAAAGUUCAUACAGGAGAGAAACGUCCAAGCUGUGACCAGUGUGGGAAAGCUUUCAAUACAGUCAGUCAUCUAAAAGUCCACCAACGUAUUCACACUGGAGAGAAGCCGUACUGGUGUGAGAAAUGUGGGAAAACUUUCUCUCACGAUAGUAGUCUAAAAAUCCACCAACAUAUUCACACUGGAGAGAAGCCGUACAGCUGUGACAAAUGUGGGAAAGCUUUCACUACAGACAGUAAUCUAAAACGGCACCAACGCAUUCACAAUGGAGAGAAGCCGUACGAGUGUGAGCAAUGUGGAAGAACUUUCACUACAGGCAGUGAUCUAAAAAUCCACCAACGCAUUCACACCGGAGAGAAACCGUACAGCUGUGAGCAAUGUGGGAGAACUUUCACUACAGGCAGUGGUCUAAAAAUCCACCAACGCAUUCACACUCGAGAGAAGCCGUACUGGUGUGACCAAUGUGGGAAAUUCUUCACUAGAGGCAGUCAUCUAAAAACCCACCAACGCAUUCACACUGGAGAGAAACCGCACUACUGUGACCAAUGUGGGAAAACUUUCACUAUAGAAGGUAAUCUAAAACGGCACCAACGCAUUCAUACUGGAGAGAAACCAUACAGCUGUGAGCAAUGUGGGAGAACUUUCACUACAGGCAGUGGUCUAGAAAUCCACCAACGCAUUCACACUGGAGAGAAGCCGUACUGGUGUGACCAAUGUGGGAAAUUCUUCACUAGAGGCAGUCAUCUAAAAAUCCACCAACGCAUUCACACUGGAGAGAAACCGCACUACUGUGAUGAAUGUGGGAAAACUUUCACUAUAGAAGGUAAUCUAAAACGGCACCAACGCAUUCAUACUGGAGAGAAACCAUACAGCUGUGAGCAAUGUGGGAGAACUUUCACUACAGGCAGUGAUCUAAAAAUCCACCAACGCAUUCACACUGGAGAGAAACCAUACAACUGUGAACAAUGUGGGAAAACUUUCACUACAGACAGAUGGCUAAAAAGCCACCAACGCAUUCACACUGGAGAGAAGCCGUACGAGUGUGAGCAAUGUGGGAAAACUUUCACUCAUGGUAGUUCCUUAAAAAAACACAGAUGCAGUCACUCAGCAUCAGAAGCAGUCCCUCAGUCAGAGACAGUCCUGCUGAAUUUCUACGUCCAGGGCCACCACAAGAGCAGAAUGGAGGAGAACCAGAACCCAGAGCACCUUACCAACAACCCUGUUAAAAGGGAAGAAUCAGGCUCACCCUGUGCUACCACCGAUAAACAGUACAUCGUAGUAAAAUCCCGCCUUUCGCGGGAGCGCGCACAACAAAAGACAAACUACGGUACUCUAAAAAGCCACCAACGCAUUCACACUGGAGAGAAGCCAUACUGGUGUGAACAAUGUGGUAAAACUUUCUCUCAAGACAGCACUCUAAAAAGCCACCAACGCAUUCACACUGCAGAGCAGCCAUACUGGUGUGAACAAUGUGGGAGAACUUUCACUACAGACAGUAAUCUAAAAAGCCACCAACGCAUUCACACUGGACAGAAGCCAUACUGGUGUGGGCAAUGUGGGAAAACUUUCUCUCACGAAAGCACUCUAAAAAUGCACCAACGCAUUCACACUGGAGAGAAGCCGUACUGGUGUGGGCAAUGGUUACCAUGCAGGGCGGGGCUUAGCGAAGGCUCAGUUCAUCUCAAACGAAGUUCAAAUAACCGCGAGACGCCACAAGACCACAAGAGCAGAAUGGAGGUGAACCAGAACCCGGAGCACCUAACCGACAACCCCGUUAAAAGGGAAGAAUCAGGCUCACCGUGUACUACCAAUGAUAAACAGAAACAAACAGGAAGACAGAGACUCAAACAUCACUGCUGUCAGCACUGUGACAAAGCCUUCACGACAUCAAGACAUUUAAAGAUUCAUCAGAAAGUUCAUACAGGACAGAAACGUCCAAGCUGUGACCAGUGUGGGAAAGCUUUCAAUACAGUCACUCAUCUAAAAAGGCACCAACGCAUUCACACUGGAGAGAAGCCAUACUGGUGUGACCAAUGUGGGAAAUUCUUCACUAGAGGCAGUCAUCUAAAAACCCACCAACGCAUUCACACUGGAGAGAAGCCAUACUGGUGUGAACAAUGUGGGAAAACUUUCUCUCAAGACGGUAAUCUAAAAAGCCACCAACGCAUUCACACUGGAGAGAAGCCGUACUGGUGUGAACAAUGUGGGAAAACUUUCUCUCAAGACGGUACUCUAAAAAGCCACCAACGCAUUCACACUGGAGAGAAGCCAUACUGGUGUGAACAAUGUGGUAAAACUUUCUCUCAAGACAGCACUCUAAAAAGCCACCAACGCAUUCACACUGCAGAGCAGCCAUACUGGUGUGAACAAUGUGGGAGAACUUUCACUACAGACAGUAAUCUAAAAAGCCACCAACGCAUUCACACUGGACAGAAGCCAUACUGGUGUGGGCAAUGUGGGAAAACUUUCUCUCACGAAAGCACUCUAAAAAUGCACCAACGCAUUCACACUGGAGAGAAGCCGUACUGGUGUGGGCAAUGUGGGCAAACUUUCACUCGUGGUAGUUCCUUAAAAAAACACAGAUGCAGUCACUCAGCAUCGUUACCAUGCAGGGCGGGGCUUAGCGAAGGCUCAGUUCAUCUCAAACGAAGUUCAAAUAACCGCGAGACGCCACAAGACCACAAGAGCAGAAUGGAGGUGAACCAGAACCCGGAGCACCUAACCGACAACCCCGUUAAAAGGGAAGAAUCAGGCUCACCGUGUACUACCAAUGAUAAACAGAAACAAACAGGAAGACAGAGACUCAAACAUCACUGCUGUCAGCACUGUGACAAAGCCUUCACGACAUCAAGACAUUUAAAGAUUCAUCAGAAAGUUCAUACAGGACAGAAACGUCCAAGCUGUGACCAGUGUGGGAAAGCUUUCAAUACAGUCACUCAUCUAAAAAGGCACCAACGCAUUCACACUGGAGAGAAGCCAUACUGGUGUGACCAAUGUGGGAAAUUCUUCACUAGAGGCAGUCAUCUAAAAACCCACCAACGCAUUCACACUGGAGAGAAGCCAUACUGGUGUGAACAAUGUGGGAAAACUUUCUCUCAAGACGGUAAUCUAAAAAGCCACCAACGCAUUCACACUGGAGAGAAGCCGUACUGGUGUGAACAAUGUGGGAAAACUUUCUCUCAAGACGGUACUCUAAAAAGCCACCAACGCAUUCACACUGGAGAGAAGCCAUACUGGUGUGAACAAUGUGGUAAAACUUUCUCUCAAGACAGCACUCUAAAAAGCCACCAACGCAUUCACACUGCAGAGCAGCCAUACUGGUGUGAACAAUGUGGGAGAACUUUCACUACAGACAGUAAUCUAAAAAGCCACCAACGCAUUCACACUGGACAGAAGCCAUACUGGUGUGGGCAAUGUGGGAAAACUUUCUCUCACGAAAGCACUCUAAAAAUGCACCAACGCAUUCACACUGGAGAGAAGCCGUACUGGUGUGGGCAAUGUGGGCAAACUUUCACUCGUGGUAGUUCCUUAAAAAAACACAGAUGCAGUCACUCAGCAUCGUGUUGAACAUGUUUUAGAGGCAUAUCAGUGGUGUCCACUCGUCUCUUCAUGCCUUUAAUAACGGUGUUGUUCUAUCCUGAGUUUCUCUACAAACUGAGAGAUGCCAACUUUAACUUAAGAAUCAGCAUCUUUGCCAUUAGCGGCCCAUGUGACCAAAGUUUAAGCACAGUGAUUGGUCAUAGCUCACUUCUACUCUGGGAGUUUUUUCAUUUUUCAACUUGAGUUUCAUGUUGAUCCAAGUCAUAGAAUUGCUGAAAGUGUGAGUAGCGUAACAUUGUUAAUGGGGGAAAAGUAACAGCAUUUAAAGUAACUUAAAACUUAAAGAAAGCUUGAAAUUAGUUUAAAUGAGUUUAAGGUGGAUUCAGGAUUUCGUUCAGGUGGUUGUUCAGACGAUUGAGUUCAGUUUAAUAGUAAUUAGAUUUGCAAUUUGUUUCAAGAGAACAAAAUAUUUUUAAAUCAACCACUUAAUGACAGCGAACAAUAUUUACAGUUAGAUUAUUCCAAUCAGAAAGAGCCUGAAACAUUAGCGCUUUUUCACCAACUUCCUAGGAGACGAAGAGAAUCAUAAAGAGGAUCUGAUCAGAGCGAAACAUAGAAUUGUGUUAAGCAACGAGGAAAGUUCAAAUAAAUACAUUUGAAAAUAA